AAACAUCAUAUUCACAAUGGCAAAACCUUGUUUUGCAUAUCUCUCUGCCGCUUUUCUUCUUCUAACUGUCUCAACUUCGUUGUCGGCACCAUCAGGGCCACCAGCUUCUUCACUCUACACCACUUUCCUUCGGUGCCUCGGACAACACACAAACUCUUCAACGCAACUCUCCAACAUAGUCUUCGAUCAGACCAACCCCAGUUUCCCCUCCGUCCUCCAAAACUACAUCCGAAACGCGCGUUUCAACACCUCCUCCACGCGGAAACCCUUACUCAUCGUCACUCCCCUCACAGAAUCGCACGUCCAGGGCGCGGUAAUAUGCGCCAAAAGCGUCAACGUUCCACUCAAAAUCCGAAGCGGAGGCCAUGAUUACGAGGGUAUCUCCUACAUCGCCGAAGAACCCUUCAUCAUCCUCGACAUGUUCAACCUUCGCGCAAUCACCGUCGACCUAAAAAACGAGGUUGCCACGGUCCAAGUUGGAGCCACGCUGGGAGAGAUUUAUUAUAAAGUCUGGCAGAACAGCAAAGUUCAUGGCUUCCCCGGAGGAGUGUGUCCCACUGUUGGUUUUGGAGGAACCGUCAGCGGUGGAGGGUACGGUAACAUGUUGAGAAAAUAUGGCUUAUCUGUUGACAAUGUCAUCGAUGCCCAAUUUGUUGAUGUUAAAGGAAAUCUUCUAAACAGAAAAUCCAUGGGGGAGGAUCUUUUCUGGGCUAUUAGAGGAGGUGGAGGAGCCAGUUUUGGUGUCGUAUUGUCGUAUACUAUUAAACUAGUUCCCGUGCCUCAAACGGUUACCGUUUUUCGCGUUGAGAAGACUUUGGAAACGAAUGUCACUGCCACUGACCUUGUCGUGCAGUGGCAGCAGGUGGCACCAACCACUGAUGACAGGCUUUUCAUGAGGCUCUUGUUGCAGCCCGUGACUUCCAUGGUUGUGAAGGGAGGGAAAACCAUUAGGGCCUCGGUUGUGGCGUUGUUCCUCGGCGGGGCUAAUGAGGUUGUGUCCAUUUUGGGGAAGCAGUUUCCUCUCCUUGGGUUAAAGAAGGAGAAUUGCAUUGAAGUGAGUUGGAUUGAAUCCGUUCUUUGGUGGGAUGACGAUAAAAAUCUUGCGGGUGGUGCCAAACCUGAGAUCCUUUUGAAUCGGGAUACAAACUCUGCUCGUUUUCUUAAAAGAAAAUCUGAUUACGUUCAGAAACCUAUUUCCAGAGCUGGGUUGGAGGGGUUGUGGAAGACAAUGAUUCAGUUGGGGAAAACGGGGCUUGUUUUCAAUCCAUAUGGAGGGAAAAUGGCUGAGAUUCCUUCCGAUGCGACGCCGUUUCCUCACCGUAAGGGGAACCUCUUUAAAAUGCAGUACUCUGUGACAUGGGAUGAUCCAUCACCUGCUGCGGCUCAAAAUUUCAUCAAUCAGACAAGGACGCUGUACAGUUACAUGACACCUUUUGUGUCCCAGAAUCCCAGAAGCGCGUUCUUGAAUUAUAGGGACCUCGAUAUUGGAGUCAAUAGCUUUGGUAAGAAUAGCUUUCAAGAAGGGGAGGUUUAUGGAAGCAAGUACUUCAAUGGCAACUUUGAGAGGCUUGUCAAGGUUAAGACAGCGGUUGAUCCUCAAAACUUUUUCAGGAAUGAACAAAGUAUUCCUGUACGUCCGAGCAAAGCAUAGGGAAUGGUAGAGAAUUUUAUUGCUUAAUGUUGGGGUCUAGUGUGGAUCAGUGAUUUAAGUAGCCUGUUUCUGUUGAAAAUAUUUUGGAAAAUUG